AGACAGAGACACAGACAGAGACACAGACAGAGACACAGAUAGACACACAACUUCAGUCACAGACCGAUAUACAGACAGAGAGAGGACACAGACAGGAGAAAAGACAGAAAGCUACAAAGAAACAACCCCUUCUUCCCUACAUACUUCCUCAGUCUCUUCCCCAGUCUCUCCCUCAGUCUCCUCCCCAGUCUCUUCCCCAGGCUCUUCCUCAGUCUCUUCCCCAGUCUCUUCUCCAGGCUCUUCCUCAGUCUCAUCCCCAGUCUCUUCCCCAGUCUCUUCCUCAGUCUCUUCCCCAGUCUCUUCCCCAGGCUCUUCCUCAGUCUCAUCCCCAGUCUCUUCCCCAGUCUCUUCCUCAGUUUCUUCCCCAGUCUCUUCCCCGGGCUCUUCCUCAGUCUCAUCCCCAGUCUCAUCCCCAGUCUCUUCCCCAGGCUCUUCCUCAGUCUCUUCCCCAGUCUCUUCCCCAGGCUCUUCCUCAGUUUCUUUCCCAGUCUCUGCCUCAGUCUCUUCCCCAGUCUCUUCCCCAGUCUCUUCCCCAGUCUCUUCCCCAGGCUCUUCCUCAGUCUCAUCCCCAGUCUCUUCCCCAGUCUCUUCAUCAGUCUCUUCCCCAGUCUCUUCCCCGGGCUCUUCCUCAGUCUCAUCCCCAGUCUCAUCCCCAGUCUCUUCCACAGGCUCUUCCUCAGUCUCUUCCCCAGUCUUUUCCCCAGUCUCUUCCCCAGGCUCUUCCUCAGUCUCUUCCCUAGUCUCUUCCCCAGGCUCUUCCUCAGUCUCUUCCCUAGUCUCUUCCCCAGGCUCUUCCUCAGUCUCAUCCUCUGGUUCCCCCGAUACUUCCCCAGAUGGCAUCUUCCCCUAUGAGGACAUGGAGUGGUCAAGCGGCCAUACCCAGGAGGGCUCAGCAGAUGAUACCCGGCCCACCCCAGCCUCAGAUAGCCAACCAGGUGUGGUCACGGACGAGACAGAGAUUGGAGGGGCGGAGAGCGUCGCACACACUCCAUCUCACACACACUACACUUACACCAAAGACAAACAAACUCCCUCACAGACCGAGGUAGGAGACUUUGAGGGGUCUACGUCGACAGAAGAGGAAGGCUCGGCCCAGGAGGUGUACCCACAUGAAGACCCCAGAUUCACCAGCCCUGGCAGCCCUGGAGCCAUUGAGGCUCCCCUGGUGGGGCCUGGGGUGGAAGGACAGGUGACUGUUACACCCGAACCGGGAGCCAGACCAGGAGCCAGACCAGCCCAGGCAGGAGAGACUGUCGGAGACCGCACUGCACAUCACAUAGACUCUUCUACACAGCACACAGACUACCCCCUCCAGCCUACCACGCAGGAUAAAGAUCUCUCCACUCACACUAAGGAUCAGACCAGAUACCCACCUACACAUGGGAAAGACCAAACCACCCAGCAUGCCACACACGAUAGAGAUCACUCCACAUACACUAAGGAUCAUACCAGAUACCCCACUGCACAAACCACCCAGCAUCCAACACAUGAUAGAGAUCACUCCACACACACUAAGGAUCAGACCAGAUACCCCACUACACAAACCACCCAGCAUCCAACACACGAUAGAGAUCACCUCACACACACUAAAGAGCAAACCAAACAAACCUCUCACCCUAGAUUCCCCACAACCCACCACCAGGAGAAAACCAGCCUCUCUACCACAGAUCAGAAGACCACACUGCACCUGAACCUGACACACACACCCCCUGCACACCCCUCCACUCCACCUUCUGCACACCCCUCCACUCCACCUUCCACCCGCCCCUUCACUCCACCUUCUGCACAUCCCUCCACUCCACCUCUCACCCGCCUUUCCACUCCACCUUCUGCAGAUCCCUCCACUCCACCUCUCACCCGCCUUUCCACUCCACCUUCUGCACAUCCCUCCACUCCACCUCUCACCCGCCUUUCCACUCCACCUUCUGCACAUCCCUCCACUCCACCUCUCACCCGCCUUUCCACUCCACCUUCUGCACAUCCCUCUACUCCACCUUUCACCCACUCCUCCACUCCACCUUUCACCCACUCCUCCACUCCACCUCCUGCCCACCCCUCCACUCCACCUCCCACCCACUCCUCCACUCCACCUCCUGCCCGCCCCUCCCGCCCCAUCCCUGACUGGGCCCUGACCACCCAGACCCUCCUGCCUGAUGGGGAGGAGUUUGUGGAUUAUGACCAUGUGAAUGGUUCUCCUCUGCUGGAGGCCAGUCCCCCUGUUCCUGAGGAACCCCAGUCCACAUAUCAGCCUGAAACAGGAACUGACUACUACAUUGAGGCCCAGACCGUCGAUGUCAGACCUCUGCAGCAGUGCACGGUAAAUGUGUGUCUGAACAAAGCAUCUUGCUACCAGAGAGGCAAUGCCAGCAUCUGUGUAUGUGCACCUGGAUACACCGGACAGCGUUGCCAAACAGAUGUUGAUGAGUGCCAAUCCAACCCAUGUGCUAAUGGAGCCACCUGUAUGGACGGAGUCAACUCCUUCAGCUGUGUGUGUCUGCCCAGCUACGCAGGACAGCUCUGUGAACAAGACACGGAGGUGUGUGAGUAUGGCUGGCAGAAGUUCGAGAGCCAUUGUUAUAAGUACAUCACCCACCGUCGGACAUGGGAUGCUGCCGAGAGAGAGUGUCGUGUCCAAGGAGCCCACCUAGCCAGUGUCCUGUCACAGGAGGAGCAGCUGUAUGUCAACCGUCUGGGCCAUGACUACCAGUGGAUCGGUCUGAACGACAAGAUGUUUGAGAGAGACUUCCGCUGGACAGACGGCAGCAUCAUGCAAUAUGAGCACUGGCGUCCCAACCAGCCAGACAGUUUCUUCCAAUCUGGAGAGGACUGUGUGGUGAUGAUCUGGCAUGAGGGAGGACAGUGGAAUGAUGUACCCUGCAACUACCACCUCACCUUCACCUGCAAGAAGGGCACAGUCUCUUGCAGCCAGCCCCCAUUGGUGAAGGAUGCCUGUGUGUUCGGUUCUAUGAAGCCUCGUUAUGAGAUCAACACUCUGGUUCGUUACCACUGUAAAAACGGCUUCAUACAGAGACAUGUCCCUACCAUCCGCUGCCGUGACAAUGGCCAAUGGGACAGCCCCAAGAUCACCUGUAUGAGCCCCGCUACCUACCAGAAGGCUUUCGUUUCUCGGCAACGUACCGAUAAUCACAAUCAUAACCAGAAUCAGUACAAUCACAACAAUCAAAACCAGCACCAAUACAACUAUCGAAACCAACAAUACAACAAUCAAAACCAACAAUACAACAAUUAAAACAACCAAGAACAACAGAAGAAUUACAACUAGCAACGUCAGGGCAGCCGUAACCAGCAGCAACAGAGCCAGAGAGAGACAAGACAUCAACACUAAUCUGAUUUCUGGUCAGUCCUUAAAAGCGCAGAUAAGGUUGCAAAAUUCCAGUAACUUUCCAAAGUUUUCCAGAAAUCCUGGUUGGAGGAAUCUGAAUUUCCUGUUAUUCCCUCCUGAUUCCAGGACUCUUCCAAUGGGGAUUUCUGGAAUUUUGAGUAAUGUACUAAUCCCAGACAGAGUCUGAUCAGAUCCAAGGGGUUAGCUAGGGCCAGAUGCAUUGACAUACUUUCAGAACUAUUUAUAAAUAUGUAUAGCUAGGGCCCUGGAUAGGGCCAUGGGGUAUUUCACAAGGCAUAAUCACAAUCAGCAAGCUAACUCUGAUAAACUCUCAUGAAACACAGGUUUAAUAAACAUUGUAACACAGAGUAUUGAGUCCAUUUCAAAUUCAACUAGGACAAAUGAAGUUUCAGAAUAUUUUUGAAGUUAGUUGGCUAACUUGAUCUUGAUCUUGCUUAGUGAAAUCCACCCCAGAUCACGUCUGAUUCUUCCGACAACAACACACACUGCCUUAAUGGUUAACACAGCUACAGUGUCCGUCUCGAGAACAGGAGAGCUUCUCUGUGCCUGCUGUAGAGGGACACAUCUCAAUCCAAUGCUUUCGGAAAAUGUCCACUUUAUGCUGUUUCUUUUUCCUGAGAAACAAUCCACUGAAAAGACAUAUAAAAUAUAUAUUUGGCUCACUACUAGAAUGUCUGCCUGUGCCCUGGUGACAAGUUUGCAAUUAUUCCAGUGAAAGAGACCCGAGUUUAUUAUUUGGAAUAAUGAGCAUUCACAUAAUCACAUCAGCAAGUUAUGAAGGUUUAUAUGAAUCAUUCCAUAUUUUCUGCUCACAGAAUGGAAGAUAGAAGUUGAUUGUUCUCAUAUACAACCCCCUUCAGAACAGCUUCAGUUUGUCGUGGCAUGGACUCUACAAGGUGUUGAAAGUGUUCCACAUGGAUGCUGGCCCAUGUUGACUUCAAUACUUCCCACAGUUGUGUCAAGUUGGCUGGAUGUCAUUUAGUUGGUGGACCAUUACUGAUAAAUACAGAAAGCUGUUGAGUGAGUGUUAAAAACCCAGCAGCGUUUCAGUUCUUGACACAAACCAGUGCGCCUGGCACCUUCUACCAUGCCCUGUUCAAAGGCACUUAAAUCUUUUGUCUUGCCCAUUCAUCCACUGAAUGGCACACAUACACA